AUGUCGGAACUCUGGUACCAGCAGCCUGCUAGCAACUGGGAGGAAGCGUUGCCAGUUGGCAAUGGCCGUCUGGGCGCCAUGGUCUAUGGGCGAACUGAUACGGAGAUGCUACAGCUCAAUGAGGACUCGGUUUGGUAUGGAGGUCCCCAGAAUCGUGUUCCUCGUGAUGCAUUUGAGUAUCUCCCACGUCUCCGGUCUCUGAUCCGAGAGGGAAACCACGCAGAGGCGGAGAAGCUGGUUCGUCUGGCCUUCUUCUCUCAUCCCAUUAGUCAACGGCACUACGAACCCUUGGGGACUCUGUUUCUGGACUUUGGCCAUGCCCCUGAAUAUACGCAAAACUAUCGACGGUCGUUGGAUAUUGAGCGUGCUACCAGUCGUGUGGAAUAUGAGCACAAAGCCGUAAAGGUUCGACGGGACGUCAUCGCCAGCAACCCCGACGGUGUCAUUGCCAUUCGAGUCCAGGCAUCUCAGAAAACGGAGUUUGCCUUGCGGCUCACUCGAAUGAGUGAGCUGGAAUACGAAACAAAUGAAUAUCUUGACGAUGUCACGGCAGAAUGCCGGACAAUUACCAUGCAUAUCACCCCCGGUGGACACAAGAGCAACAGAGCUUGUUGCAUGGUCAAAGUUCGCACAGCGGAUGAUCAAGAUUCUGUCACUCAAAUCGGGAACAAACUGCUGGUCAAUGCUCAAGAUGCGCUGGUGCUAAUCUCAGCGCAAACCACUUACCGUUGCGAUGACAUAGACAAGGAGGCUUCUUCUGAUUUGGAAACUGCUUUGCUGCACUCUACUGACGAGAUCUGGGAGCGACAUGUGAACGACUACCGAUCACUCUAUGGUCGCAUGGAAUUGCACCUGAGUCCCGACAACUGUGACAUGCCAACUGACAAGAGAAUCAAGAACUCGCGUGACCCUGGUCUGAUAGCAGUCUACCAUAAUUACUGUCGCUACCUCUUGAUAUCGUGCAGUCGGAAUGAGGACAAAGCUUUACCAGCGACGCUACAGGGCAUAUGGAACCCGUCUUUCCAUCCAGCCUGGGGAUGUAAAUACACGAUAAAUAUUAAUCUGCAAAUGAACUACUGGCCGGCAAAUGUCUGCAAUCUUUCCGAUUGCGAGAUGCCGCUAUUCUCUCUACUAGAGCGAGUUGCGAAAUCAGGAGAGGAGACAGCACAGAAGAUGUACGGCUGCCGUGGCUGGGUGGCUCAUCACUGCACCGAUAUUUGGGCUGAUACUUCUCCUGUAGACACAUGGAUGCCAGCAACUCUUUGGCCUCUAGGAGGUGCUUGGCUCUGUGUCCAUAUCUGGGAUCAUUUCCGUUUCACCUGCGACAAGGAAUUCCUCCAGAGAAUGUUUCCAAUCUUGCAAGGAUGUGUGCAAUUUCUUCUUGAUUUCUUGGUUGAAGAUGCAUCUGGAGAGUAUUUGGUCACGAAUCCGUCACUGUCGCCCGAAAACACGUUCUAUGAUAAAAAUGGAGGGCGCGGUGUCCUGUGCGAAGGCUCCACCAUCGACAUUCAAAUUGUGAAUGCCGUUCUGAGCGCUUACCUGAAAAGUGUCGAAGAGUUAGAGAUAGAGGCUAAGCUUGCGUCCGCAGCAUUAGACGCCCUGCAUCGACUUCCACCCCUGCGCAUCGGAUCUUUCGGGCAAUUGCAAGAAUGGGCUUCGGACUAUGCGGAAGUAGAGCCCGGGCAUCGGCAUGUCUCCCACCUGUGGGCCUUGCAUCCUGGAGGUACCGUCAGCCCGGAAACAACGCCCAAAAUAGCCGACGCCUGCUCGGUCACGCUGCACAGACGUGAGGCCCAUGGAGGCGGUCAUACCGGCUGGAGUCGCGCAUGGUUAAUCAAUCUGCAUGCACGAUUACUGGCAUCUGAGGAGUGUGCGAAGCACGUUGAUCUCUUACUGGCGCAAUCAACCCUGCCCAACUUAUUGGACACUCACCCACCGUUCCAGAUCGACGGUAACUUUGGCGCCGGCGCAGGUAUCCUGGAGAUGCUCCUUCAAUCCCAUGAGGAGGGAAUCAUUAGGCUCCUUCCCGCUUGCCCGAGAGCCUGGAGUUCUGGGUCUCUUCGGAACGUCUGCGCUCGUGGAGGGUUCAAGUUAGAUUUCGGCUGGGAAAAUGGUCUGGAGCGGCGAGACAUGGACCUGCAAUCCGUUCAAGAUCUCAAAGGGGUCUUGAGGAGCGACUUCUUCCAUGGUUACGCCACCGCGGCGGCCCAGGUUGAAGGAGCUUGGAAUAAAGACGGUAAAGGCCAAUCAAUCUGGGAUACUUUUGCGCACACACCCGGUAAGGUAAAGGACGGAAGCACUGCUGACGACGCGGUGCGCUCGUACGACCUGUACAAGGAGGAUGUGGCGCUUAUGAAGUCGUAUGGGGUCAAUGCAUAUCGCUUUUCCCUCUCUUGGUCCCGAAUCAUUCCUCUUGGAGGAUGCGACGACCCCGUCAACGAAAAAGGGAUUGAAUACUAUUCGAAUCUCGUUGACGAGCUGCUCCGUAAUGGCAUCACACCGUUUGUCACCCUCUUCCACUGGGACACACCGCAAGCCCUGGAGGAUCGCUACGGCGGCAUGCUGAACCAGAAGAAGUUCGUGCCAGACUUUGUCAAUUACGCUCGUGUUUGCUUUGAGAGACUCGGCGAUCGCGUCAAGCACUGGAUCACAUUCAAUGAGCCCGGUGUCUAUACGCUGGCUGGAUAUGCAGCGGGCGUCCACGCACCGGGUCGCUCUUCAUUCCGUGACCGCAACGAGGAGGGCGACUCGUCCACCGAGCCAUUCAUCGUUGCGCACACGGAGCUGGUCGCCCACGGACAUGUAUCCCAUCUCUACAAGCAGGAGUUUCAGCCCCAUCAGCAGGGGACCAUCGGCAUCACGCUUCACGGGAACUGGUCCGAGCCAUGGGAUGAAGCCGACCCGCUGGAUCAAGAAGCCGCCGAGCGUGCGCGCGAGUUCGAAAUUGCCUGGUUCGCAGACCCACUCUACAAGACGGGUGACUAUCCGGCCUCGAUGAGGGCGCAGCUGGGUGACCGUCUGCCCAAGUUCACGCCGGAGGAGUCGAAGCUGGUGCUUGGGAGUUCCGAGUUCUACGGCAUGAACACGUAUACAUCGUUCUUUGUCAAGCACAAGACCACACCUGCGGAUAUCAACGACCACAAGGGGAAUGUGGAGAUCCAUGAUUUCAACAUACAGGGUGUUCCUCGAGGCGAAGAGAGCGACACGGAGUGGCUGCGGGCUGCUCCCUGGGGCUUCCGAAAGCUUCUGAAUUGGAUCUGGUCUCGGUAUCAGAUGCCCAUCUAUGUGACAGAGAACGGGACGACAGCCAAGGGCGAGACGGCACCUACACCCGGUGUUCUCAACGAUCAGUUCCGCAUCAGGUUCUUCGAGGGAUAUGUUGGGUGGGCACUAGCUCGUGCGGUCAAGGAGGACGGGAUUGAUAUCCGCUCCUAUUUUGCCUGGACAUUCACUGAUAACUGGGGCCGAUUGACGAGCAGACUCACCCGACGCAACUUCACCGCGUCUGCUCGAAACUCGGAAUUGCUGCGCCCCGCAACCGCUCCGAAACCCACCCCCGACAUCAAACAUAUCCGCCAGAACGCAGAGCUCUACUCGAAAAACAGCGUGCAUCGAAAUUACCCGGCACACGCUGACUAUCCCUAUAAAAUUCAAGAACUCUCGGAAGAAGCGAGGCGUCUUGAUCAAGAUCUCAAAACGCCGCGGUCCCGCAUUAAGCAAUUGGAGAAGACCAUAGCGAAUCUUGCGGCAUCCGCUCGGCAAGAUGGCGCAUCAAGUGCCAUUGAGGAAGAAUUGGCGUCUCUUCGGUCAGAGGCACAACGAUUGAAGGAUGAAUCGCAUGCAAUGAAUACCCGGAGAACAACCUGCACCGAAGAAAUCCAACGGCUCGCCCUAUCCCUGCCGAACCUUUCCUCCCCCGAUACCCCCGUUGGAGACGACCCAAAGCUCGUCACGUACAUCAAUUUCGACCCUCAAUCUCCGCCAGAAUGGGUCAGCCGUCCAGAUCCGUCGCGGUCUCAUGUCGCUAUCGGCACCGCGCUCGAACUAAUCGAUUUUACAAGCUCUGCGACCACCACAGGCUGGGGCUGGUACUUCUUGAUAAACGAAGGAGCGCUGCUGGAACAAGCGCUGGUUCAGUACGCCCUUAGCGUGGCCCGCAACCGCGGCUGGAAGGUCGUGUCCCCGCCGUCGAUCGUCUACUCCUACAUCGCUGAAGCGUGCGGCUUCCAGCCCCGCGACCAGCACAACGAGCAGCAGAUCUGGGCCAUCGAGCAGAGCGACAAGGACAAGAGUAAGCCCCAGCGCUCUCUGACCGGAACAGCCGAGAUCCCUCUGGCAGCCAUGUACGCCGGUCGCGACCUCGACGCCUCCUCCCUCCCCCUCAAACUCGUCGGCGCCAGCCGCUGCUACCGCGCCGAGGCAGGCUCCCGCGGCGUCGACACCAAGGGCUUGUACCGCGUGCACGAAUUCACCAAGGUAGAACUCUUCGGCUGGGCUGACACCCUCCCCGCAACCAGCUCCUCCUCCAACGACCUCUUCGCCGAGCUCCUCGACAUCCAGACCGAGAUCCUCACCGCCCUGAACCUCCCCUGCCGCGUCCUGGAAAUGCCCACCACAGACCUCGGCGCCAGCGCCAGCCGCAAACGCGACAUCGAGGCUCUCUUCCCCUCCUCGGCUGAUCUCGAGUCCGGCUGGGGAGAAGUCACCUCCGCCUCGAUCUGCACGGAUUACCAGAGUCGACGGCUGGGUACGCGUGUGCGCGGAGGGUCGGCGAAGGAAUCUCGCUUCCCACACACUGUCAAUGGGACAGCGAUGGCCGUUCCGCGUGUGCUGGCCGCGAUCUUGGAGAAUGGAUGGGAUGAGAAACGGAAGGUUGUUGUGAUUCCGGAGGUGCUGCGGAAAUGGAUGGGGGGUCUGGAGGUUAUUGGGGAGAAGUCUUAG